AAGUUGACCAUCUUUGAGACAUUCCCCUUCCCAUCUUGCCCUACACUACAUAUUCCCCCCUUCUUCCCCAAUAUCAUGAUUCAUAAACCUCUCUCUGUCACUUCCUCCCAAGACCACCAUGUUGGGAAAGAUGGGUUCGGUCAAGAAGCUCGCAAAGAAGGUUAAAGUCAAGGUCAAUAGCGGCACCGAGUCGUCGUCGUCGUACCACGAAUACUUACUCCGGGAUCAAGACGAAGCGUGUUCGUCACCGUCUUCUUCCCCAUCUUGCACAACCCCAACCGGGUUUCUCGCGCUUUACGUAGGGGAGGAGAGACGGAGGUUCGUGGUUCCCACGGGUUACUUGUCGCACCCGCUCUUCAAGAUGUUGUUAGACAAGGCUUCGGACGAGUUCGGGUUCGAACAGAAACAUGGAUUGGUGGUUCCAUGCAGCGUUGCGGUCUUCCAACAAGUGGUAAGUGCCGUGGAAUGCUGCAAUGGAAAAUUCGAUCUCAGUCAUUUGGUUCAGGAGUUCAUUUAGUGUAAAUAAGUGUGUUGCGCAAAGAGAGAAGUUGCGUUUUUGGCAACUCCCUUUUAGGGUUUAAGGAUCUUUAUCAAUAUAAUCCUUUUGGUAUCAAUUGGGUUAUAAUCCUUCAUGUACUUGGCACAUUUAGUUUUGGAAGAUGUGUAGGUGCACCUAGUUUUGUUACGAAAAAAACGUUUCUUGACGAUAUUUUUACGUUUUUCUUGAAUCAAACACGUGUACGUGAAGUAACGGUGGUUGGUUUAGA